AUGACAGACCACCACAGCAUUAAACCAUGGCAGAGAUUUAAUCAGUGCCCAGAAGCUGUUCAGAUCACCAGAACAGACUGCCUGGCAAAGCAUCUAAAAUGUGUGAAAAGAGCAUAAGUUCUGUAUGAAUUUAGCCCAGUGGCAUUCAUCAUGCCCAGUGACUAUGUUAAAUUUAGAGCAGAAUACAGCAAGGAGAGAAGUAGGCAGAAGAACAGCUAUUGGAUUUGCAAGCCUGUGGAUCUCUCCUGUGGAAGAGGCGUACUCAUUUUCCAAGACAUUAUAAACUUAAUGUAUGACUGUACAGUUAUUGUGCAGAAGUACAUUAACAACUCCUUGCUCACUUCAGGGUAUAAAUUGGAACUGCACCUUUAUAUAUGUGUGAUCAGUUUUUGCCUCCUCAUCAUUUACAAUUAUGAAGAAAUUCUGGUGAGGUUCGCUAUUGAAAAGUUUGACUUUGGUUCUCUGCACAAUGUCUAUUCCCAAAACACCAGCAUCAACAAAUACAGAUUUUCAUAUAAAAACAAAGAAGGGAUUAUCUGUGACUGCAAAUGGAUAUUCAAUGAAUGUCAUUCUUACAUUGAAUAUUGGGUUGAUGACAUGGUCCUCUGGCAGAUGAUCAAUAACACAGUGAUUCUUACCCUGCUUGCUGUGACCCCCUUACCAGUGGAUUUCAAUUGCUUUGAGCUCUUUGGUUUUGACACCUUGGUUUUUGACAAAUUCAAGCCACAACUUUUAGAAAUCAACUAUCCAGCAUUGUUUUUCAGCUGUUCCAUUGAUGACACUGUGAGAAGAAAACUUUUUCACAAUUUCUUUUCACAAAAACUUUUUCAAGCAUUGCUGAACUGCUGA